AUGGACUCCGGCGACGAACCCGAGGGCUCCAACAACAACCAGCACCAGCGGAAGCAGUACCACCGCCACACCCCGCACCAGAUUCAGCAGCUCGAGGCGAUGUUCAAGGAGUGCCCGCACCCGGACGAGAACCAGCGCGCCGCGCUCGGCCGGGAGCUCGACCUGGAGCCGCAGCAGAUCAAGUUCUGGUUCCAGAACCGCCGCACCCAGAUGAAGGCGCAGCACGAGCGCGCGAGCAACUCCUUUCUGCGCAUGGAGAACGACAAGAUCCGAUGCGAGAACGUCACCAUGCGCGAGGCGCUCAAGAACGUCAUCUGCCCCAACUGCGUCGGCCAGCCCGUCACGGACUACUUCGACGCGCAGAAGCUCCGCAUGGAGAACACCCAACUCAAGGAAGAGCUGGACCGUAUGUCGAGCAUCACCUCCAAGUACCUCGGACGGCCGUUCACGCAGGCGCCGGCGGUGCUGCCUACGUCCGUGCCGUUGCUGGACCUGUCCGUGGGCGGGGGGCUCGGCGGCGGGCCGUCGCUGGACCUCGACCUCCUCAGCGGGUGCUCCUCAGGGAUGCUGCCGCCGGUGACGGAAAUGGAGCGCCCCAUGAUGAUCGAUCUGGCGGCGCGCGCCAUGGACGAGCUCAUCCGGCUCGCGCAGGCCGGCAGGCAGCUCUGGGUCAAGGGCGUGCCCGGGGACGCGCUGGAUACGCUCAACGUCGCCGCCUACGACAGCCUCUUCGCCGCGCCGGGCGGCGCGUUUCGCCCGCCGGACAUCAGCGUCGAGGGGUCCAGGGACUCGGGGCUCGUCUUCAUGAGCGCCGUUGCGCUCGUCGACGUCUUCAUGGACACGAACAAGUGGACGGAGUUCUUCCCCGGCAUCGUGUCCAAGGCGCACACCGGCGAUGUCCUCAUGAGCGGCUUGUGCGGCAGGAGCGAGUCGUUGAUCAUGAUGUACGAGGAGCUGCACGUCGUGACGCCCGUCGUCCCGACCCGCGAGUUCAGCUUCCUCCGCUACUGCAAGCAAAUCGAGCAGGGCCUGUGGGCCGUCGCCGACGUCUCCCCGGACGGGCUGCGCGACGUGCCCUACGGCACGCCGCCGCGCUCGCGCCGGCUCCCGUCGGGGUGCCUCAUCGCCGACAUGUCCAAUGGCUACUCCAAGGUGACCUGGGUCGAGCACAUGGAGAUAGAGCAGACGCUCCCCAUCAGCGCGCUCUACCGCAACCUGGUGCUGAGCGGCGCCGCGUUCGGGGCGCACCGGUGGCUCGCCGCGCUGCAGCGCGCGUGCGAGCGCGUCGCGUCCCUCGCCAUGCUCGGGGCGCCGCAUCACGACCUCGCCGGAGCCGGAGUGACUCCGGAGGGGCAGCGAAGCACGAUGAAGCUGUCGCAGCAGAUGGUGGGCCUCUUCUGCGCAAGCCUGAGCUCGUCGCCGCUGCAGCGGUGGGUGCUGCUGCCGGGCACGACGGACGUGAGCAUCCGCGUGGCCGCGCAGCGCAGCGCCGAGCCGGGCCAGCCCAACGGCGUCGUCCUCACCGCCGCCACCUCCAUCUGGCUGCCCGUCCCCGCCAACCACGCCUUCGCCUUCCUCCGCGACGAGAGCGCGCGAUCCCAGUGGGACAUCCUGGCGCACGCCAAUCAGGUUCAGGAGGUGCUGCGCAUCCCCAAUGGCUCCAACCCUGACAACUGCGUUUCCGUGCUGAGAGGGACGAUGACCGACGCGAACCAGGACGGCAUGCUGAUCCUUCAGGAGAGCUGCACGGACGCGUCGGGGUCGUCGCUGGUGGUGUACUCGCCGAUCGACCUCCUGACGGCGAACGUGGUGAUGAGCGGCGAGGACGCGUCGGGCAUCCCGCUGCUGCCGUCGGGCUUCGCCAUCCUGCCCGACGCCCGGCCGGGAUCCGGCGCGGGCGCGACCAGCUCCAGCAGCGUCGGCCCGCUGGGGAAAAUCUCGCCGGGCUGCGUCGUCGCCGUCGCGUUCCAGAUCCUCGUCAGCAGCCUGCCGUCGUCCCGGGUCGACGCCGAGUCCAUGGCCACCGUCACCGGCCUCAUCGGCACCACCGUGCAGCAGAUCAAGGCGGCGCUCAACUGCGCUGGCCACUGA